CUACACAUUCUUUUUAGAUGACCAGCAUAUACCUACAUAACAACCAUCAUUGUCUCUUUUCCCUUUUACUUUUCCUUUUGUUAACAACCCACCAACCAAACCAUGUUCCAUACCACAUAUUAUGUCCUUCAAAACUAUAUUACAUCUUACCAAAAAUAAAAUCAAACUUAUUUGUCCAUCCACCAAAAUUAUGGCAAAAUCAUCAAAUAUUCCCACCAUUUUUCUCCUAUCUUCUCUUCUCAUCCUAGCCUUACUACCUACAAACCAUGCAAUAUUCUCUAGAACAAUUUCUAAAGAAGAAAUUGGCAUAAAAGACGAUGACAAACAAACCCAUCUCACCUUCUACUAUCACGACACCCUUAGUGGCUCGAACCCAUCAUCGAUCCAAAUCGCUAAGGCAAAGUCUACCGAUACCUCACCCACCAUGUUCGGUGCCCUAUCCAUGAUGGAUGAUCCCUUAACCGAAGGGCCUGAACCCACGUCCAAAUUAGUAGGUCGUGCUCAAGGAAUGUACGGGUUUGCGGACCAACAAGAGUCCGCUUUAUUAAUGGUAAUGAAUUUUUAUUUCUUAGAAGGGCAAUAUAACGGAAGUACACUAAGCGUUUUAGGAAGGGAUGCUAUGAACGACAGUGUACGUGAAAUGCCCGUGAUUGGUGGUACCGGAACGUUUCGAUUUGCUAAGGGUUACGUUCAAGCUAAAACUCAAACGUUCGAUCAAAAGACGGGUGAUGCGGUUGUGCUAUUCAAUGUGUUUGUGAAUCAUGCUUCUAGUGUUAGUGGUCAGUCCGGUGGCGGGUCGACCUCGAGUGAUGGUGCACCUUCAUCUAGCCAAGCAACUCCCUCUAAGAUAAUGUCACUUAGUUUCUUCAUGAUUCCUAUUUUGUACCUAUGUAUUUUUUGAUUUGAGUAGUGUAAUUUUUUGUUUGUUUUAGAGUACUUGUAUGUUUGUAUGAGAAGGAAUAUUUCUAUCAUCUACUCGUUUUUUUUUUAAGUGGUGCAAAAAUUGAAUUCGUUAUGCAUAAUUGUGAUUUUUUGGGUGGAUU